GGAAUAUUUUGCUGGGUCCUGCGCAGUUUGUAAACAUGUCCGUUUGCUGCCACAAUUCAUUUUUAUUUCGCUGUUGAUUUAAUCGUGUGUUGGCACGAAGAGGAAUAAUAAUCAGAUAUGGAGGGCCAUGGUGGUGGUAGCUCCAGUGUGAUUUCACAUAGUUAUACUAAUGUCCCCGCUUUCCUCGUUAAACUUUGGACAUUGGUGGAGGACCCAGACACAGAUCCGCUCAUCUGCUGGAGUCAGAGUGGCACAACUUUCCACGUAUUUGACCAAGCCAAAUUCUCCAAGGAAGUAUUGCCCAAAUACUUCAAGCAUAAUAACAUGGCCAGUUUUGUCCGACAACUCAAUAUGUAUGGCUUCCGCAAAGUUGUACAUAUUGAACAGGGUGGCCUGUUGAAGCCAGAUAUAGAUGACACAGAAUUUCAGCAUCCUGACUUCAUCAGAGGUCAGGCGCACCUGCUGGAAAACAUCAAACGCAAAGUCACCAAUGUCUCCGGUGUGAAACAGGAGGAUGUAAGGCUCGGCCAGGAUGAUAUCACCAACUUACUGAGUGAUGCCAAGUCCAUGAAGGGGAAGCAGGAAGCCAUUGAUUCCAAAAUCAGUGCCAUGAAGUAUGAGAACGAGGCACUGUGGCGAGAGAUAGCCAGCCUGAGGCAAAAACAUGCUCAGCAACAGAAGGUCGUCACCAAGGUCAUCCAGUUCUUAUUUUCAUUGGCACAGUCCAAAGGAGUCCGGGGGCUGAAGAGGAAAAUGCCUCUGAUGCUGGGCGACAGCAGCUCAGCCCAUUCCCUGCCUAAGUACAGUCGGCAGCUCUCUCUGGAACCCCUGCCCGGCUCUUCUGCUGUCUCUGCUGCCUUCUCACCACUCACAGGAGAGAAUCUAGUCACUCCUGAAGUACCUGUAACCUCUGGACCAAUCAUCUCUGACAUUACUGACCGGGCACAGAAAAGUCCCACUGAGGCUACCAGUAGAUGGACCGAGGAAAUAAUUCCCCUGGUUCACUUGAUGGAUGAGCCAGCACCAGUCCGGGAGGAGGGGCCUGAGAGUCUGGUAGAGGAAGUGGGCCCAGUGGGUGUGGACAUAGCUGCUGAUACCCCUCUGUCUCCCACCACCUUCAUCAACUCCUUACUGGAGGAGAGCAAGCCAAUCCCUGCAAGCCAAUGCCAGCCACUCCCUGCCAUCCCAACCCAGCCUGAUGAAAGCCAGAAUUGUCUCCACAUGGCCUGUCUGGACAAGAAUGGGCUAAACGAGCAUGUGGAAAGCAUUGACUCCGGUCUGGACAACCUACAAACAAUCCUGAAUAAUCAAGCCAUGAACUUUGACUCUUCAUCCUUUCUUGAGAUGUUUAGCCCCUCAAACAGUGAAUUCAGCCUUCCAGAUCUGGACACCAGCCUUUCAAGUUUUGAAGACUUGCUCACGCAUGACCAGAAGGCAGAGACAGGCGAGAACUCUGUGGACUGUGGUAAACCGCUGAUUCAAUACACAGCCCAGCCCAUUCUGGAAAACCCCACCAUCCCUGACUGCAGCAGAGGUGAGCCGAUUCUCCUGCUGGAAGAAGAGGCCUUCUAUGGCAAUUCAGAAAAUACAGACCCCACCACAUCACUCCAGUCAAACAACCACUAAACACAAGCAGGCAACCUUUUGUAUAUUUAGCCUCUCUUAAUGUUUGAAUAAUUAGAUGUUAAGCUGUUCUUCUACUCAUGUAUGAUACCUUCCAUAACAUUUUUAGAUCUGUUUAAGGCAAUAUUUAAUCUCAAACAAGUUUGGUCUCGGUCAGUGGCGGCUGGUGGACAUUGACUUGGGUGGGGCACCAUACACACGUGUGUGCGCACGCAUGCACACAGGCUCAGACACACACCAGUACUCCGCUCCAACCUCCAUAAUUACAAAGCAAUGCCAAUAUUCAAAUGUUUUUGUAUACAGUGAACAGCUAUUUUAACCUUAAUAAACUGUGUAGGGUUAAUAUAACAAUACAAAAACAAAUAGUAAAAUAGAAAAUAGUCAAUGUUGUUCCAAUUAGUCUAUUUGACGCCUGAUGUUGGUAGUACGGAAUACAAAUGCUUCCACAAUUUUUUUUUUUUUACUUAAAUGCUUCCACAAUUCUUUUUUUCUACUUAAAUGUCAUAUGAUGUCAUCAUCUCCCCUUGAAACAUUUCAUAAGUUUCAGUCUUGGGAGUAUGGAUUCAUUUCCUGGAUAAAGUGAGAAGAUCACAGAAUAAAAAUUACCAAAGAUGGCAAGAGGGCAGAUAUGGAGGAUAUUGUAAUAUACACAAAGGGAUGUGUGUAUAUAAGAGAAAGAGAGCCUGCAAUUCAAGCGAUUCAAUUCUGGGACCUUCUCUUUAAAUCGAAGGGAUUUCCUUCACAGUGCGAAAAAUGGUCUUAAAUAAAAGCAUAUCUACAACUCUGUCCAACAGAUUUAAUAUGUUAGACAACAAAACACAGAUGUAUGUAAAUAAACUGACAAACAAGGAAUCGCAGACCAUUGCGAAUGGUGAAAACACAAAGACGAGACACAAGACCUAUUUCCUCAAAUGAGGAAGUUAAUAAUUUCUUGUUACAAUAACACAAAUUGUUCAAAUAUCAAUAGUCUAUGUUUACGACCGUCCUACCACUUGUACAAAUUUGUAUCAACAUGCAGUAGCCUACAGGCUAAGCAGUAGGUUACAAGGAAUAAAUGCCUAGCUAGCUUGCCAUCUAGCGAUACAUCAAAAAAAAAAAAAAUUGAACGGUACAUCGCUGGUUAACAUUUCCAAAUCCAAACUUACCCAGUUUAGGGGGGAGUAGCGUGAAAACAGUUACAGCAAUCAAAUUAUAAUUUGGGAACCAAUACGUUCAUAUAUUAAGUCAGCUAACUGGUUAAAUCUUGGCAGUGCACAAAAGGUUGGGGCAAAAAUAGACAUAAUCACAAGUAAACAGUGUACAGUGUUUUGUCAUCUUAUCAAACUUAAAAUUGGGCACUGUGUUCUGUCAGACUUCCAUUUCUAACCUUAUCUUACCUUCACCUUAGUGGUAUGGGCGGUACUGCCCACAGAAUUUGUAUUAAUAACAGUCCAUGAUGCAUUAAAACAAAUCGGAGAAACAUGCUGCAAGUUCACACGGAGCUUUCAUUAGACUCAUCACUAGCCUGCAAAGCCAAACUCUUUCCCUCAUCAGCUUUCCUGGCAACAAAGGGAAAUUAAACAAGCCUCCCCAUCCCUAAAUAACUUUUUACACCCCAAAGCACAACUUUUUUAAUAUAUAUAUUUUACAGUUGACUUGUCAUAUCUUUGCAUGAAACCGACCGUCAUAUUCCGCUUUCAGGAUAGCAUCUGAAAUCACCAAAUAAAUAAUUCAGAUAAAAAGUUUUGUCCAUAAUGUUAUAUUGCAUUCACUUCUGAUAUAUCCAAUAUUUGCAUCUUUAUGGUUUUUCAUCUAUAAAAAUUUUUUUAAACCAAAAUUACUCCAUCUGUAUUCAAGCUGUAGCUGUUUCCCAGCUUGGACGCCAUUGUGAACUAAAUCUGAUUUGUAUCAGAUGUGAAAAUGGCACAGAAGCAACGCUACUGACCUCAGAUCCGUUUAUAGAGGGCAGCUAGUUUUGGUUGUCUGAGCAGCAGUUGGGAGUCCUUACAAGUCAUUUGAGCAUAAGGACACAUUAGGACUAAACGAGUCCUGGAUGGGGUUUGUUGGUCUAGGGCAUGUUGGAAUAACCCAGAUCAGCAGGGCAUCUAGUCCACUUGCAGCAUAGGGCAUUGCGCACUUUGAAGCUACAAGCCGAUUUGAGUUUUCAGAAAUAUACAAUAGUGCAAGUAAAUUAGGAUACUUUUCAUUUUGCAAUUGUUUGUGUACCAUGAAUAAUUUGUCAGAUACACUCAGGGAGCACUUUAUUAGGUAUUUAUUAGACUUUUUUUAUUUUUUCAAUUGGUCUUCUGCUGCUGUAGCCUAUCCACUUAGAGCAGAGGUGUCCAAUCUUAUCCUAAAAGGGCCAGCGUGGGUGCAGGUUUUUGUUUUAACCCAGCAGUAACGCACCUGAUUAUACUAAUGAACUAAUUGUGGUCUUUAAUCAAGACCUUGAUGAGUAGAAUCAGCUGUCUUAGUCCUGUGCUAAAACAACAACCUGCACACACACCGGCCCUUUCUGGAUAAGAUUGGACACCCCUGACUUAGAGGUUUGACGUGUGUGUUCAGAGAUGCUCUUCAGCAUACCACUGUUGUAAUGUGUGGUUAUUUGCAUUACUGUCACCUUAAACCAGUCUGGCCCUUCUCCUCCCCUCCUCCUCCAUUUUUGCCUGCAGACCUGAGGUUUUUUGUUUUUCACACCAUUCUCUGUAAAUCCUAGAGACUGUUGUGAGUGAAAAUCCCAGGAGAUCAGCAAUUUCUGAGAUACGCAGACCUGGCACAAUGAUUUUUUCCACGGUCAAAGCCACUUCAAACACAAUUCUUCCGCAUUCUGACUUUUGGUCUGAACAACAGCUGAACCUCUUGACCAUCCAUGCUUUUAUGCAUUUAGUUGCUGACAUAUGAUUGGCUGAUUAAAUUUUUGCAUUAUCAAACUGGUGUACAAGUCUACCUAAAAAUUGCUCACUGAGUGUAUAUCAUAGGUUUUGAUAUUGUAGUCUUCAUGGUGCAAUUCUGCCCUUCAAAUACCGCCAUCUUCAUUGUCUCUGUUCUGCAUUGUCUCAAGGUUAUAAGGCUUUAUUUAAGAGUAGUGCAAACCAGGCAGAAAUAGCCUUUUUAAGUGCUUGUGGAUGUAUGGUAAAAUUCUGUAUCUUUGCUUUGCAUGAUUAGCACAAUAACCUGGCUAAGUACAAAUUGGCAAGGGAAGUAUGCAAUAAAGCAUUAAAAUGACUGUUUAUUUCAUGUAAAGGUGUAUUUUUUUAAUAUAUAAUAAAUGAAACUUUUUUUUAGAAUAAUAUAUUUUGUGGUAGAAAAUGUAAUGGUGCAUAAACAAAAAGAGAAGAAGAGGUACAGAGCUAUGUAAGCUUAUAUUCAUAGGUGCAAAAAAUAUAUAUAUUUUGUAUUUGGCAAAUGAUCCUUUUCUUACAUAGCGGAAUAUUUUAUGAACAAAAUGUCUGAUGAAGCUAGCGAUCACAAGAUUCUACAAAAAGUAUUUUGGCUCAUUCCCAUUGGUUUCUGCUGGUUUGAUCUGCUUGUGAUGUGUGGUCUGUAUAGUUGAUGUCGUUUAGCUUACCGCAUGGCACAAGGGCACUGUGACAGACUGUCGGAUGUUGCAGUGUCUGCUCCAGUGUCUUUUUGCACAACUGGCCAAUACUGGAACGGGUCCAUUUUGGGAUCUGAUGCGAAGGCCAGAAGCAGCCCAGCGCCACCCUUGAAGUUGUAAUGCUUAUUUCUUUCAUAUUAAAGAUCCAUAUUUCAUA